UGACGGUUGCUCCAUGUUAACCAACAAUCAAUUAUCACCUAAACCACCACCAACAACAACAACAGAAACACCCACAACUACACGAACUACUACAACUAAAGCCAACAACAACAUCAGCAACAACGACAACUCAAUAAAACGUUUUCGCUGCAACUGAAAUUGUCCGAGGAAUUAAACACAAUAACAAUUAGCAAUUAAAAAAGCAACAAUAAUAAAAGAGAUAUCAAACAGCAGGCCGGGCCACACAACAUGUCCUAAAGGCUCUGCCCAUCAACAGCAAAAACAACUGGGCGAUGCGAUCCAGUGCCAUCUGUUACGAAAACCGGAAUUUAUGAAGCGAGUGACAUAAAUCACAAAAGACGAAAGCCGAAAACCUGCACAUAGAGAGGCAGAGAGUGCCAGAGCCAGAGAAUAGCAUGAAAUUAGCAGCAAAAACUGAGCCCCAGCAUGGAUAAGAAAUCGAAGACGAAAUCUAAAACGAAAAGCCUCAAGCCGAAUAAGGAAUCAAGCACCAAGCUGGAUGUGGAUCUAUGGGAGCAAAAUGAGGAUCGCUUCACCAGCUGUGAGUUCAAUGUGGAGCGAAGCAAGCCAAACAAAUUGGCUCCCAGCAGCAAAGCUCCGGCGGCAGCAGCAACAGCAGCAGGAGUUGGAGGAGGAGCUGGAACGGGUGCAGCAGCUGCAGCUGGCGCUGGCAGUGUGGUAUGUCCUGGAAAUGCGGCGGCCCUAGCAAUGACAGCGCCUCAGUUGACCACCACGCCCACUGCCAUAAGCAUUGCUGGCUGCGCCUCCGGCACGGCGCUGGUCACCUUGGACGCUGACGCGGUGGCAGUUGACACAGGUGAUCCGGAACGUGGCAACUGGACGGGGCGCUUUGACUUUCUGCUGUCGCUGCUGGGCUACUCCGUAGGCCUUGGCAAUGUCUGGCGCUUUCCCUAUCUGUGCUACAACAAUGGGGGCGGUGCGUUUUUAAUACCCUUUACAAUCAUGCUCAUCAUAGCGGGUCUGCCACUGAUGUUCAUGGAGCUGUCGUUUGGCCAAUACGCUGCUCUGGGCCCGGUGGCCAUCUACCGACGCUUCUGCCCGCUGUUCCGUGGACUAGGCACUGGCAUGGUCAUUGUGUCGGCCAUUGUCAUGCUGUACUACAAUUUGAUCAUCGCCUGGACCAUAUUCUAUAUGUUCGCCUCGUUUCGCACCCAACUUCCCUGGCAGAACUGCGAGCCUGAGUGGAGCACGCAGCAUUGCUUCUCCUACGUGGCGGCCGAUCAGUGUGAAGCGAUUAACGGCACCUACUAUCUCCGGCAGUGCUACAAUUCCACCUACGCAGAGGCGAACAAUAUUACAGGCCUAGCCCUACACGCCCUCAAGCGUCCUCCAGCCGAGGAGUACUUCAACAAUUUUGUGCUGGGCCUGUCGGCGGGCAUCGAGGAAACGGGCAGCAUUAAAAUCUCUUUGGCCGCCUGCCUGCUCAUCGCCUGGGCCAUUGUCUUUCUGUGCCUGUGCAAGGGCGUCCAGUCAUCCGGCAAGGUCGUCUACUUUACAGCGCUCUUUCCGUAUGUGGUUCUGGUCAUACUCUUCUUUCGCGGUGUUACCCUGCCGGGCGCCAGUACGGGCAUAUUAUUUUAUCUUACGCCCGAUUGGAAGCAACUGGCCAACGCUCAAGUCUGGGGCGAUGCGGCAGUGCAGAUAUUUUUUGCUUUGAGCCCUGCGUGGGGUGGCCUCAUCACACUCUCCUCAUACAACAAAUUCUCCAAUAACUGCUACAAGGAUGCUCUCAUUGUUGCCUUCUGCAACAUAGCCACCUCAUUUUUUGCGGGUCUAGUCAUAUUUUCCAUAAUUGGAUUUCUCGCACACGAACUGGACGUGGAGGUGAAAAAGGUUGUGGAUCAGGGCGCCGGCUUAGCAUUCAUUGUGUAUCCGGAGGUGGUCACACGUCUGCCCAUCUCACCUGUUUGGUCUGUGCUGUUCUUUGUCAUGCUGCUCACCCUCGGCCUGGACUCGCAGUUUGCUUUGAUGGAAACCGUAACUACUGCCAUUUUGGACAAGUUUCCAAAUCUGCGACAAUACAAAACUUGGGUUGUACUCUUUGUGGCCAUAUUUGGUUACACUGGCGGACUCGGCUUUACCACCAAUAGCGGCAUGUACUGGCUGCAGCUGAUGGACAAAUACGCCGCCAACUGGUCUGUGCUGCUUAUAGCAAUCUUGGAGUGCUGGCUCAUUGCCUGGAUCUAUGGGUCACAGCGAUUCCUCAACGACAUCCAGGGCAUGAUUGGCAAGCGAUCGCGCCUAUGGAACUUCUUCUGGGGCUUUAUGUGGCGCUAUAUAACGCCAGCAACUCUAUUGUUCAUUUUAUUCUUCAACUGGGUGGAGUACAAACCCGCACAAUAUGGCCAUUACAUAUACCCUUUAUGGGCGGAUAUUGUGGGCUGGAUCGUAGGUCUAUUGCCGGUACUAAUCAUAAUUGCUGUCGGCAUGCAGCAAGUGUGCAAGGCUCCAAGCCAUCUUGGUUUCAAGGAGCGAAUCAAGCAUCUCAUGAAACCCACCGCCGAAUGGGGACCUGCUGGCAGACCCUGUGUCAAUUUGCAUGCCGAGCGUUAUCAAAGUCAGAACUACGAUGGUGUGACCAAUACUCAAAUACUGAUAAGUGGAACACCAGCGGAAGUUAUGCCCUACGAGGACAACAGCCAAGACAAUGGCAGCGGCAACGCCAAUGACAACGCCAACAGCAAUGGCAAUGGCUAUCGGGAUGAGGUAUUGCAACUCUGAGAGCGGGUUAAAGCAUCCUCGUCAGCGAUGGCCGCCAGCGUUGACGUUGAAGUGUUGCCCAUGACGGUGGGUAAGCUGCCCGGGCCGAGCAUAUUGAAGACAUCGGCCAGGCACAGCAGCAACAGCAAUCAGCAGCAAGUUCAAGCGGAGAACGGGCGUAACAACUCCAUACCGACGGCGAAUCCCAGCCGGCAGCCGCUCGUUGAAGCGGACAAUGAUGUCAAAAAAACACCAGGAACAGUUGCAGCUACCACGAAAGUUUUGUCUACAGGCACAAUGAGCAGCGGGCGUGAGUGCAACACCAUGUCUACUUUCAGCGCUUUUGGAACGGAAACUGUGCCUGACGACCCAGCCAAGCCGAAGACAACAGCUGAUGUUGUUGCCAGCACAGAGGCCACAGCAGCAACAACUAGCAAUAUCGCAGCGAUGCCAGCUGGCACGAAGCCAAAUACAGCUCUGACUACUUUUAUGCCGACCACAAAGCCAAUAACAACAGCUGUUGCUAACGGCGUUCCCAGCAAAGCUUCAGCAAUAGAUGCAAAUGUGAGUGUUGCCAGCACAACAGCAACUGUUGCUGCAAUUCAGAAGUCCCAAAUAGUAGACACAAAGGGCGCGUUAACAAAGCUUAAGCCGAGCGUGACUGCUGCAAACAAAAUUGGGAAGACGGCACCAACAGUUGCUGCGGUGACAGCAUCCACAUCAGUCAUAGCCACCGACAAGUCAACAAAGAUUAUUACAACAAUAGCGAAGCCCACUUCAAGUAUUGCUACCAAGCCGACAACUGUUGCGUCAAUAACCACAAUAUCUGUCAGUGUUACUGCCAACCCUCAAGUAAUGACAUCAGCAACUAUCUUAAUGCCAGGAACAACUGUAGCAAGUAAUGUGCCAAAGACAACAGGAAUGACAUCUGAAAUAGUUUCUAAUAACGGGAAUAAAACCUCCACAACAGCAGCAACUGUUGCAAGUAUUGUGCCAAAGACAGCAGCUGCAACAACAGGAAUGACAGCGUCACCUGUUGCUAGUAACGUGACUACAACAUCCACUAUACCAGCAACCGUCGCAAGUAACUUACUGAAGACAUCAGCUACAACAACAGCAGUUACAUCUUCAACUGUUGGAAGUAAUGUGACCAAAGCAUCAACAGCAACUGUUGCAAGUAACGUACCAAAGACAAUAGCCGUUACAUCGACAACUGUUUCAAGUAACGUGACCAAAUCAUCAACACCGGCAUCUGCUGUUGCAGGUAAUGUGCCUAAGACAGCCGCAGCAACAACAGCAGUGACAUCAAUAACUGUAGCAAGCAACAUGACUAGCACAACAACAUGUAAUGUGCCAAAGACAGCAGCACCAAUAGUAGUUGCUGCCAGCAACACAGCAACUACCACGAAGGCAUCGUGUUCACAAGCAACUGUUGCUACCAUACCCCCUGCUGUUCGUGGCAGUAAUUCCCCAGCAGUUUCGGUAACAAUUCCAACACCAGCAGCAUCUGUAGGGACAUCAGCAACAGUGAAAUUCUCAACAGCAGCAUCUACACCAAGUACCACGGCCACAUCAUCUACAAAGAAAGUAACAGCAACAGCAAAGCCCGCAACAACAACAACCGCUUCAAAGCCAGCAUCACCUACCAAAAACGCUACGACUUUCCCAACAACAGCAAGUCUCACAGCAAGACCGCCUUCUAAGAGGAUCACAACAUCCCCAUCAUCAGCAUCGACAUCAACUCCGAAGUCCUUAGCAACAUCUCCUACUAAAAGGGCAACAACGUUCCCAAUAUCUGCAACACCAAAGCCCACAGCAACAUCGCCCACUAAAAAGGUCACCACAUUCUCAGCAACAACAACAUCGCCCACAAAAAAGUCCACAGCAUUCACAGCAACGGCAACGGCUGGUAAAACCCAAACAAGCAAAUCAGCAACAGCAUCCAUUAGCAACAGCAGCAGCAGCAGCAUGUCCCCGAAGCAGAACAAGCCAACGGCAACAGCAAGCUCAGCAAAGACAACAUCAAAUACUGCAGCAACAGCGAGCAAAACGAAAGCAACUGCAACACCUAAGAAAUAGAAUGAAGCUCAACUCGAAACCUGACAUAAACUGUAGUUCCAAUAUUGAACACUAUUUUUCUAAGUACCUAUUUAAACUUAUGUAAAGGAGCUCGAGCUAAGCGAAACAUUGUUUUUAAGCCUAUAUAUAUACAUAUGUGUGUUAUAUAUAUACAUAUAUGGAUAUUUAUAUAAAUGUUAUACGCCUAUGUGUUUAUAUAGAUGUAGAUUUUAUAAAUAUUUAUUUGUAUCACAUUUACUUUGGCACCGAACAGCUACAGAAAUUAAGUGGAAAUUGCAACACUUUCAACAAUUUUAAAUAGUUUCCAAGACUUAAUGAACAUUUGCCAAUAUAUAGAAAUUGUUUUGAAUAAGUAUGCAUUAAAGAAAUGGAGAAUGACUAGAAAGUUUAGGAGCACCGAAAACCAAACACCCUUGUAGUAUAAUAUUUUGUAUAAAGAACAUUUAAAGUGUAUGUCUAAUAAUUUAAACUUAAUACUUUAUUAACAUAUGAAUUACAAUGUAUCGUCAAAUGAUUAACAUGUGUAUAUGCCGAGGCCCGAAGGUACUCAAGUUAGU